AUGAGACGGUUGGUGAAAAAAAGACACGGAGGUGAAAUGAAAAUUUUUCUCGUAUGCAUCGCGGAACUUUUGAACCGUGCUCACUGCCCACUCGACGUCUGCACAGUGACUAGACUUUUACAACGUGGCCUACGCUCACAGCUUCAACCUUAUCGUUAUGAAAAAGUCCACUAUUUGGGUGAAUCAAGUGACCGGCACGAUAUUGAUGAAGAAGAUAUUGAAACUCGUCACAGGAGAUGGAGUACCCGGUCCAUACAUACCGUUCCCCUAACAUACAACCAUCAUCAACAUGUUAUAAUUGAUAAUCUUAGAAAAUUUAAUGGCCUCUCAUCCGACAUUUAUAAAGCCUCCGAUUAUGAUAGGUUAGCACUGUCAUUAGUUUCUCCAUUACCAAACGAGCAGGAUUUUGCUAUAAAUGUAUGCACCCUCCUGUCGAACGAAGGGAAACAUACGUUAAAAUUAGACAAAUGCCCCAGGAUCGUUGAUUAUUUGCUUGCUCACGCCGGGGUUUACAAUCAUUCUAAUCUUCGGGUAUUAUUUGAAGAAGUCUACGGUAAGAUUCGGGGUCAUUCAUUAUCAAAUUUUUGGAAAGAUGUUUUAGAGCAUAACGAAUUGUUGGAUCUUACGAAUGAAAAUAAUUUUGUUAAAAAACCUCCGAAAAAGUUUAGAGUUUUUCAACCCGCACAUUUUCGAACUUUUAACAAUUACGAUAAUUCCACUCGUCCGGAAAUCGAAUCGACCGCCCAUACGAAAAAUCUAAACCCCAAAAAAUGCGAUUGGAAAAUGGUUAACGAUAUUGUUGUUUCAUCUCGAAAUGAAAUUAAGGGAAAAAAUGAAUCUGAUGCUGUAGUCGUGAAUUUAAAUGAAAAAAAUGAAUGCAGUAUUCGACAUCUCUCAAAAACCGACGAAACUAGUGUUAGUGAUACGUGUAACAAUACUGAUAAAAAUGAACUUGACGCGGUUGUUACUGUUGUUGACAACACAAACGAAUCAGUGAUUGUAAAUAAUGAAGAAACCGAAGGUAAAAAUUCAAAUGUAUUUAAAAUAAAAAACCUGAGUGGAAAUGAAAGUACGGAUAUCAUUCCCGAUUUUUCCAAGUGCGUUGAAAAUAAUUUUACCGUUAAUUCAGACUUGAGCAGUAAAACUGUCGAGAGUGAAUCCGUGUUAUCUAGAAGUAAAUUUGAUGAUAUUGUUAAAAGUACUGAUAAAUUAAAUUUAAAUAUGAAUGCGAAUAAUAUUACUUGGUCGAACUCGGUGGUGGAUUGUGAUGAAAAAGACUCGGAAACAGCCUUGGAUAGUUCGGAGUUGAAAAUUACCUCGACAUUAACGGAAACCACACGAUUCUGCCAUAACAAACCCAUUGAUUUGUUUUCUUCCGAAUCGACAAACAUUUCAACGGUGGAGAAUCAAAGCGAUGUCGAUUUCAACGAUACAUUAAAUAAUUUAGAAAAAUCAGCUUUAAUCGAAGAGGAAAAUGAAAGGUUAAAAGAAGAAGAGGAGGCUAGAAAAAUUGAAGAGGAAAGGUUAAAAAGUAUAGAGGAAGCCAAAAAAAUUGAAAAGCAAAUGAAAGAGGCGGAAUUUUACGAGGCGUUGCUGAAAAAAGAAAUGGAAAAAAAGAAAACAGAAAAUUCGUUAAAAAUAGAAGCUGAAGAUUAUGAAUUAUUUUGCCUGGGUCGUGAAAAUGGGACUAGCGAUUAUAUAGGACAACGUGUUCUGCAGGUGGCCCAAAUAUUACGAAACUUGACCUUUUGUGAGGAAUCCAUGCAAGUGAUGGCAAAAAAUUCAACUUUUUUAAGAUUUCUCCUACUCUGUAUCAAUUCAAAAUGGUCUUGUUUGCAUCAGCUGGGUUUGGACAUGCUGGGAAAUAUUUCGUCUGAGCUAAUCAUAGAGGAUCCAUCGGUGGAUCAAAUUUUUAAAGCAUUUUUUUGGACCGUGCACCGCGGAAUACAUCAUUCUAAUCGUUUUUUUGUUAUUUCUUGCCUUGAAAUUUUAAAUAAAAUUUGCCAAAAAGAUGAAAAUGAAGACGUCGUGUGUAGAAAUUUAGAUCAAAACGUACUUUGCCGUCUCCUCAGUCUUCAUGACAUAAUGAUUUUAUUGUACACUUUGGAAUGUUUGUAUUCAAUGUCGUCCAUGGGUGAAAAAGCAUGCACAUAUAUAUGUCGAUCAAAGGGAGCCGUUGAAAUGCUGUUGGCUUUAAUAACAGUUGAAGCUCAAAGUUACGGACCAAAGGCGUGCAUUUUAAUGCGCGUUAUCGAAACUGUGUCUGGAGCAGUAACUCCCAGCGUCUCAACCGUUCCUUCUUCCGCCACUGCUGGUUCUAAUUCUCAAACUCAAGUAUCACCUGGAGUGGGAUCUGGCGUGGCACAGACUUCAGUUUCCAUUGCAGCACCUCCUGCUAUGACCGUUCAAACUGCUACAAUACCAAAAAUAAUUCAUACUUCAAACAUAGAAAACGAACAAUUUGCAUUAGCCUGGCUCAGAGCUACGUUUGAAUUAAGUGCCGGAGGAAAGGUAGAGCAGCAAGACUUAUAUAAAAGAUAUGUGGAGUCGUGCAAUAAAAUGGGUAGAAAAGGAAUUAUUGCGUCCUUACAUUUUCCUCGUUUUGUUAGAUCCGUUUUUGGUGGAACUGUUGGGCCAAAAUCUCAUCCCGUUCCUGCGACCGAUCUCAAACCCGGGGGUCCGACCACUCUUUUUUACUACGAAGGAAUAAAGGUGCGCGAUGUUCCCCUGACGAUAAACAUCAAACUUGUCCCGGUGACCGAAGUCCCCCGACCAGUGAUGAAAAAACGUCCCUCGGCGACGACUCCCAAAUCUAAAGCCAAACGUAAAAAACCCGAGUCUCCGCCCUCGCCUAUAUUGAAGGCGCAGCUUAUUUCACCGAACAAGCCUUCCCCUCCUUCGCCUUCCCCUGCUUUUCCCAUGUCCGAAGGCAAAGUACAGGUAUCAACUCAAACUCAUCCUGGUUCGAUUGCCGUGGGGCAUAGUUCUUCACCCCCUUGCACGCCUCCUCCUCCGCCGAUGGAUAAUUCAACGUUAAUCAAGAGCCUACUGGCGUCGAAAGUAAGCGAAAUCUGCAUGACCGCGCCUAUUGGCAUGCUAUCCGAUAACCCGCAGGUCACACAAAGACAGCAGCAGCAAAAGAUACUUCAACAGCAACAACAACAACAACAACAAAUGCUUUCCAAGUCGGAUGUUCCACUCAAAUCAAAAGUUUUCAGAUUAAAUGGAAUAAUACAGGAUACGUUGACGUCAGAAAAUCAUUUGACACCUUCGAUUGUCAGACUAAACAAAGAAUCACCACAACCAAUUACGACAACCAUUUGUAGCGUAGGAAACCCGCUUAGACCAAAGACUCCCAAGAUAGAUGGAGAAGAUUCGGAUUCUAUGGCUUCAACGAGUAGAGAUUGUGCUACAGCAGACGGUGGAAAUGCGUCAUCGUUUGAAGAUAAUGAUAAUUCUUUGACUAGUUUCGAGGGUAUUUUUAACGGGACAUCGGAGCCUUUAGAUUUAGACGCACCCGUGUCGUCGAUAGUCAAAGAAAAUUUCUUAAAAACAAACGAGAAUAAAAGUGAAAUAAUAUCGAGAGACAAAAAUUCAAAAACGAACGAAAGUGAUAAUAAUAAUACUGGAAUAUCUGCCUCGCUUAAAUCUUCGGGAAAGGAUAAUGAUUUAUCAUUAUCAAAACAUGCGGAUGAGAAAACCAUGACUUCAGAAUCCUGUACGAAGCAAACGCAAAGCAAAUCUUUAAUGCUGGCAGAUCUUUUGGAUAAAAAAGAGGGUCCGGCUUUGAACGGUGUUUUGGGAAAAGAUUUGCGAAUCGGGGAAAAAGGACUUGAACUAGUGGAAAAAGCAAUAUUAAAAGAAACAAGUUUAAAUCACAAAGGAGUUACUGUAAAAAAAGAUAGUGUAGUGAAUGUGAAUGGAGAUGCGAGGACAGGGGGGGAUCAUCGUUCAACUGUGAUAAAUAAUGCAACGUCUUCUCAGUGCAGAAGCAAGAGGUCGGCGAGCACCGAAUUAGAUGCAAUUGAAGAAAAGCGCUUUAAAACGGAAACCGGAUCUUCAAAAAUCAAAGGUAUUCUUUUGACUACUCUUAAUUCAAUUCAAUUCAUAUAUGUAUAUUUUUUUUUCACCAAAGCAAAAAAUGUAAAAGAAACCGGCAGAUUCGAUGACGCCGUAGAAAAAGGCGACAAAGAUGAAUUGAAUGGUGAGGAAGAAGUUCGGGCUUCGUCAACGGCAGCAAAUUUGUUUGCUGCUUUGGCAGCUGAAGCAUUAGAGGAUGAAACAGAUUUUGAUGUAUCUAAUGAACCACAGCCACAGCCCCAAACUGUUGUUGUACCUCACGGUCAGAUUCGUUCAUUGUACUUGGGCGAGUCUUCUCCUUUACUAGUUACCGCAUCAGGUACGCGGCAAAUAAUCAUGACUCCCAGUCAGUUAUCGCAACAAGGUCAAGUUUUAAUUUCCGCUGGAGGGCAAUCUUUACCGGUUAUAGUACAGAACCAAAGAAUUGUUCAAGGAAGUUCAGGACAAAUGCUUGUAGCAUCCCAACCGCAACAAUACAUCAUGUCAGCUCAGCCACAAACAGCCCUCGUUCAAGGUCAACCCCAAACAGUUUUAGUUGCACAGGCCACACCUCAACAGCCUGGCACGAAAACUAUUAUAAUUUUACAACCACAGUCUCAGGGUAAUGCAAAUUCUGCGCAACAAAAAAUGGUGGUAACUUCUCAAGGUACACCAAUGGUUGUUACUCGCCAAGUCAUUCAAUCACAACCGACGACCAAUUUAUCUUCCUCUGUUCCAACAACCUCGGUUACAACUUCGACUUCACGAGAUGGUUUAACCACCGACGUCUUAAACUCAGGACUGCAUAGUAAUUCACCUGUACCUUCUUUACAACAAAAUGGCUCUCAAAUUCAAAUUAUAAGUUCAGGAGUUCAAAAUAACGCUCCAAUUUUGAAUCAAAGUGUUAACGAUAAGAACAAAGUUCAGAAUGGUACUACGAAAAUUUCAAACGGUUCAAAAGUCGCGGACGGGAGCGUGUACCUUUGCGAAUGGAGAGGUUGCAUGAGGAGUUUUAAAACUGCAAACGAAGUUUACAUGCAUGUUUGUAAUACCCACUGUCCUAGUAAUACGGAGGUAGAAACUCAAUGCCUUUGGGAAAGAUGCGAUGGAAUGAAAAGGAAAAGAUUUUCUUUGAUGACGCAUUUGCGAAAGCAACUUUCAACUCAGGGUAGAAGUGAAAUCCCGGCACCGACGCCUCCUCCGCCACAUCCUGGAUACGCUCCAAACGCAGCUUUUCACGCUAUCAAGAGACACGCUCUCGAAUUCGUGAAUCCAAAAGAGCUUUUGGAUGAUAACGAAGGACCUGUGACAAAAAGUAUUCGGUUAACUGCGUCGCUCAUCCUUAGAAAUUUAGUUAUAUAUUCAUCUGUAGGUAGGAGGUUAAACGAAAACAUGUCGGUCGGUCGGUUGGUCGGUUGUCGUCACAACCUUCCCGUGACAAAAUAA